UGUCUAAAUGAUUACGUCACAAGCACAGGAAUGGCGGCGUUGGCUGUAAGAGGAAGGAGCCCAAAGAUCCUGAAACUUUAUUUCUGACAUCACAUACAAGGAUUAAAACGUGCUUGGUUCAAAAAAACUAAAUGGUGUGACCAUAAAGAGAAGAGGAGUGAGAAGGGAAGUAUACUUUCGCCGUUACACACCACCGUGCGAAACGGGAGUUGGAUUUUGAGGCUGACUUUGAAGCUAGUUUUCCGAGUCGCUGGCUAACAAGCUACUGCUAACAGGCUAACGUACCUUGCUAAUAUAACGUUACCAAGCUGGAGCACUACACCUUACCAGCGAGGCGUCUGCAAUCUAACGGUAACGUUAAACGAGUGGUAUAGAUAAAUAACGUUAUAUAAACAGUUAUUUAUGGUAAAUUUGCCUCCCCAUUGGUCUCUGAUGCUUGUAUAUACUGACAAAAGGACAUAUUCCCGGUAGGUUAGUCUAAGCUAUUCGUACAGUGCGUUUAUUUUUCGCCCUUUUUGUGAUCAACUCUAGCUAGCUGCGUCGGCUAGCUUGGAUUGCUAGCAAGUUUAGCAAACUAGUUUGGAGAGCUAGCCGGUGGGCUUGCUGGUUAGGUCUGUAUGCCACAAUGGAAAGUUUAACCCUGAGUGAUGUGGAGCAGAAGUAUUACUCAGAUUUGUUUAUCUACUGUGACACGGACAACACCAAAAAAGUGGCUUCCAAUGGCAAAGUUCUUGACCUUUUUCGGGCGGCUCAGUUACCCAGUGAUGUGGUCUUACAGAUCACAGAGCUGUGUGGCGCGACUCGUCUAGGGCACUUUGGAAGGAGUCAGUUCUACAUUGCACUAAAGCUCAUCGCUAUAGCCCAGUCUGGACUGCCUUUGCGAGUGGAAAGCUUAAACACAGUCAAGGACUUGCCCCUGCCACGCUUCGUGGUGGCCAAGAACGAGCAGGAGACCAGGCACACGGCCAUGUACCCGGACUCUGAGAACCAGGGGCCUUACUCGGGCGUCAUCCCCAGACCCCCGGGCCGAGGCCAGGCCAAGAAGAUCCCCCUGUCCCACGAGGUCAUCCAGUCGGUGGUGCCUGCAGCAGAUCCACAGCCUGACACCACCUCCCCCGUGGUGUCUCCCCACCAGUCCCCGCCGACGUCGCCCCACGCCUGGAGGAAGCACACGCGGCAGGCCAGCGGCGGCAACGCGGACAGGCAGCCAGUGGUGGGCAACGUGUGGCCGCACUUCCGAGAAGCACAAGCAGGCCCGGUGGCUGUUGACGGUAUGUGGUCCGGCCACUCCCCCCCUCCGGUUCAGGAAUCCUGGGUCAGUUUCACAGAUACUCCUCCCUCCAGCACACUUCCAACAAUGCACCCCGCGUCUAUCCAGGAGAGCGCAACGAUUAGGACUUCAGUGCCCUCGGCCGCAACCAACGAGAUCCAAAGACAAACCAGUGGCUACGACGACCCCUGGAAGAUAACGGAUGAACAGAGGCAGUAUUACAUCAACCAGUUCAAGACCAUCCAACCUGACCUCACAGGCUUCAUACCCGGUUCUGCAGCUAAAGAGUUUUUCACAAAAUCAAAGCUGCCUAUACUGGAAUUGUCUCAUAUUUGGGAGCUGUCAGAUUUCGAUAAAGAUGGCGCACUGACACUAGAUGAGUUCUGUGCUGCGUUCCAUUUGGUGGUUGCUCGGAAAAACGGUUACGAGCUCCCCGAGAAGCUUCCAGAAAGUCUCAUGCCAAAGCUCAUCGACCUGGAUGACUCAGCAGAAGUCCCGGAGCCUGCUCUCGAUGUGGGAUACUCCGGCUCGCCUGUGGAGGUCACUUCCAACAAGUCCCCCUCCAUGCCUUCCCUCAACCAGAACUGGCCAGAGCUUAACCAGAGUAACGAGCAGUGGGAGACUUUUAGCGAGCGCUCGUCCAGCUCACAAACUCUGACCCAAUUUGAUUCUAACAUUGCACCAGCUGACCCUGAUACAGCCAUCGUCCACCCGGUCCCCAUCCGCAUGACCCCCAGCAAGAUCCAUAUGCAGGAGAUGGAGCUGAAGAGGGCAGGAAGUGACCACACGCAUCCCACCAGCCCUCUGCUGGCCAAACCUCCUGAGCUCUCUGAGGAGAGCAAACUAGCAGCUACAAUUAAAUUUCCUGGUAACACUGUAGGUGAUGGUUAUAGUAGUUCAGAUUCAUUUACGUCAGACCAAGAACCCAUGGCCAGUGUUGUAACGCGUCAGAGGUCUCAUUCGGGGACGUCUCCCGAAGGGCUAAAGGUGGUGGCUCCCCCUCCCCCGCCCCCCAGACCCCACGCCUCACACUCACGCUCCUCCUCACUAGAUAUGAAUCGCAACUUCGCCGCCGUCACCUCAGCGGGCCAGCAGCAGCCGGGUGUGGUGGCGUUCCCUCCAGCAGUGCCUCCCAGACCGCAGCCCACACAGGCUGCGGGUCCUCACGGCCAUCGUCCAGUAGAGGGCGACAGUCUGCCGGUCCACUGCAGCACGUCCCCUCAGCAGAUCCCCGAGCAGCCCAACUUCGCCGACUUCAGCCAGUUCCAGGCCUUCGCCGACCAGCCCGCCGAGGAUGCCGAAAAACACUCUGAAACCGCACAGGCAGAGAAAGCUGGCGACGUAGCAGGUCCCUUGAGGACCGCGAAGUCCGACGGUCAAAGUGAAGAAAGAGCCGCCGCUACUGUGAACUCUGCCAAAGGCUCCACUGGGCCUCUGGCCCCGCCUCCCAAGCCUGUGCGACGGAGACUGAAGUCGGAGGACGAGCUGAGGCCCGAGGCGGAGGAGCACCCCCCAAAGUCCAACGUCAUCACUGCGGUCCUCACCACGCAGCCCUCCAUUCCACGGUCUGUCGGUAAAGAUAAAAAGGCCAUUCAAGCUUCCAUUAGAAGGAAUAAGGAGACCAAUACAGUCCUGGCCAGACUCAACAGUGAGCUACAACAACAGCUAAAGGACCUGCUGGAAGAGAGAAUAUCUUUGGAAGUUCAACUGGAGCAGCUGAGACCGUUUUCCCAUUUGUAACCCGUUUGGUUCCGGAACAAUCCACGAAGAAGAGAUAGAGGGUCAGACAGAACCUCCAGCAGGACGCACAUGUUCACCCCCAUCUCCGCCGUGUUAGUAUGUGCUUGUGUGUGUGUGUGUGUGUGUGUGUGUCUGUGUGUGUGUGUGAGUGUGUGUGACACCUUACUCCGCAUACACUUCUGUACAAAGAUAUGUAGUUGUUGCAUUGAAUUGCAUUGUGUGUGUGUGUGUGUGUGAACAACAAACUUUGCGUCUGGGAGAAAGCUAAAGCAUACAAUCACCCGAGAGCAUAGGGUAGGAAUGUUACACGUUUUGGCACUUUUCAUGAAGGCGAUUAGUCGAUGCAACGAGCCGUUGUUGUGGCAGACAUCUAUCCUCUCCGCACCAUCAGCACCGCCUCGAAGGCCUUGCUACACACGCAGCGCCUGUGCUGGUGGACUGGAGAGUGAGGUAGCGGGGGUCGAGACCUUAGUGUUUCUUGGGUAGGUUAAAGCAGCAGGAGAGGAGCCGCGAUGAAGACUUGGGGACUGAGUAAUUGUGAGGUCUUUUGACUGACCCAAUGUAAGGAAAGAUAAUCAUGAGUUGUAGGGAAAGACUGGGGGUUCAUUGUUUUUUUUAUUUUUUAUCUCUUAGUUUUGAAAUGGACUGAGUUGACCUUACAGGCACGAUCUAGUGGGCUUAAUCAGGUCCAAUCAGGCUCAAUUAGGACCAGUUGUUUUUGUUUUUUUCUCUAAGGGAAAGUGGAUACUAUGGUCUAAUUGGGUUUGAUUCUCUCUGAUGGAAAUAAUGGCUGCCGUAGUCUGUUUAGGUCUGAUUCUCUGACUGAAAGGAGAGCAGAGGCUGCUGGGAAAUGAAGGCUUGAGGCGUGAGAAUGAUUGUGGCGGGCCAUCUUUCAUUGUCUCACCGGCCUUUUUCAGAAUCAUUGACUGCAGAAGGGGCCCGUAUUUUGUGUGUGUGUAUACUGUGUGUGUGUGUCUAGGAGGUAGUGUUACAUGUGUACGGAAUCCCACAACAGAACUCUGCUUCCAUUUUUUUUUUUCACCCCUCCCUCCCCCCCUUAGUAUGCUCUGUGAUGUAACAAAGGUCUUAGCCCUCGUGUACAGUCCUUUACUGGAGAUGACCAAUGUCCACCACCACUCUGACCCUCCUCCUCCCCCUCCAACCAUCUCCCUCCCUAUCUGCUCACGGGAAUUGGCUGCCUCCUUUGCAUGGUACAUUAUCAAAGAUGUGGCCCGUGUUCAACCCCCCCCCCCCCUCAAAAAAUAAAAAUAAAAAAUAAAAACUAUGGGCUCCCCCUGUGGACAAACAGCACCUGGAGUCAAAGCGGUGAGACCUGAAACGACUGAACGACUGCACUUUUUCUCUCCCUUUUCAAGCAUUUCACUACUUUGUUCCUGUUUUGUCUUUUUCACCCUUUAAAACAUCAUUUUAAACUGUGUAUUGUUAAUGCUCUUACCUGAUGUUGCAAAAAGCUCUUAAAAGCAAACAUAAAAAAAAAAAAACGGCAAACCACUUUAUUUUGUAUGGCUAUACCUUUAACUAGUGUGACAUUUUGUGUUCCCUAGAUUUGUAUUACUGUCUCUGUUUUGUUUGUUUGUUUAUUUGAUUUCUUCAAAGCUCCUGUUUAUAAUUUUUCUAUUUUAGUUUCUUUGUUUUUGUUUUUUUUAUUUUUCAUUUGUUUGUUUCUUCACCAGUCCUCAAAGCCUUACUCUUAGCGUUCAGGUGUUCACUUUAUUAAAGAGGCAGGACUUAUUGUCUUGGCUGGCCAUAGGUGUUAACAUAAGCAAGAAAAGAAAAAAAUACCCUGUCUACCUUUAACCAUUCUCCCCUCCCUCUCCCCAAUCUCACUCCCCAUAACCCCCACCCAACCCUUUCCUUUGAACCAAGGUGAGCCUUCAUCCCUGCUGUCUGGUCUAUUGUACUGUAAAGGGGGCUGUUGUAUAUUGUAUAUGAUACACACCUUUUGAUCUCAUAUGUAAAUUUGCAUUAAUUGCUGACUAACAGCAAAAAAAUAUUAUAUUUAAUUGCUUAUAUUAUGGCGGUGGGAUCAUAGAUGUUUAACUGCAUGGACCUAUCUCUGCAGAAUGAACUAGCAACUGUGUGAUUUUUACACAAAAUAAAAAUGGCACAAUAUUUUAA